CCCGUGACUUAGUUGCGCAGUUGGUACAGUCCGGUGUCCUCUGUUGAUAGCAGAGCUAAAGGCCGCAGCUCGGUGUGAGAACAAGGAACCAUGCUGAAAUUUGUCGGACUAGCGCGUGAGCACUGGGUGACCGUAUUGGUGCCCAUGGGUUUUUUGGUCGGGUGGUACCUCGACAGACAACAGGACCUGAAGUUGACAGCAUUCAGGAACAAAAGUGUUUUGUUCAGCAGGGAGCUGAAGCCCGGUGAGGAGGUGACCUGGAAGUAGAUGUGUCCUGUGGUGUGAAUGACUGAUGGAUGUCCCUCAAACCAGAUUAUUUAAGAAGACUCCUACACUUUUGCUUUUGAGUUGUAUCAACCAAUAAUAAACAUGCCCCGUUCUCAUCCAA